AUGCAAAUUUUGAAGACUUGGUCAAAAUACGGAAUACUCUUCGUCGUUUGUUUAAUUUUUUUUGUUUUUACAUCUGAUAAACAAUUUGAUCAUAAAGAAAGUACUAAAGCUGUUGGUUUUCAUUUGGCGCUAACCAUGGAACAUAGUUUAAAGAAUGAGGUUGACGAUUUGAAAAAAAGUAAAGACAGAACAAUAUUGCUGGUAUUUUGGACAACAUUUUUUGGUUCUAAGCCACGGCAUAGGGAUGGCAAGCAGUAUAAAUGGCCUUUUUACUACGUCGGUGACAGAUGUCCUGUGAAGUGUGAGCUUACUACAGAACAGCACAGAAUAGCUGAAGCUUCUGCUGUUGUAUUUCAUGUAAGAGAUUUUAACCAGAAUGAUCUUCCUCCUAAAAACUUUCGAGGUCUUCCAUGGAUUCUACAUUCUCAUGAAAACCCUGUUUACACUCCAGUUCUCCAUGAUUCAGAUAUCAUGUCAAAAUUUAAUUAUUUUGUGAGCUAUCGUCUUGAUUCAGAUUUCCCAUCUCCUGAAUUUAUUAAGCCCAAUUUAUCUAGGCCAAUGGCAUUUACAAGUAAAACCAAGUUGAUUUUGGCUGUAUACAGUAAUUGUGAAGGAUUGCGGACUCAUUACAUGAGUGAAUUGAAGAAAUACAUAAAAGUUGAUUUCUAUGGUAACUGCUUACGAACUCAUAAGUUUGUGAAACGUGCUUCUGAUGCUGAUGACAGAACUCUGAUAAAUUUAAUGCGAACAUAUAAAUUUACUCGUUUUCCUAAUGCAGACUGUGAUUAUUAUGUUACAGAGAAGAUGUAUAGAGCACUUUCCUCUGGAUCGGUGCCAGUCUGGUUAGGAACAGAUAAGAUUGAUGAAUUUUUAAAAUGGGGAAAUUUAAACCAUUCCAUAAUCAAGGUGAAACAAUUCAAGUCGCCCAAAUCUCUUGCAAAUUAUUUAAACUUUCUUGCACAGAAUGAAAUGGAAUACAACAAAUAUUUAAAGUGGAAAUAUGAGGGGUUUCAGUUCCCACCCAGUUACUAUAAAUCUGCAAUUGGCAGUUGGUGGGAGGGUUUGCCUGUAUACUGUAGAGUGUGCAUGAAGAUUGCACAAGAUUCUAAAGGACAUGAUGGAUUGCCCAUUGAUAUUUGUUCAUCAACAGGUAGUGAACGCUUAGCAAAAUUGAUACCAUAAUUAUUUGAUGUUUAUGUUAUGCCUGACUAUGUGGUAGACAAGCUACAAUGAUAUUUUGUAGGAGAGCAAGUUGAAAUUUUUUUUGCAAAGCUAGAACUGGUAAAAAUUUUUGCUUCAA